GUGUGUGUGUGUGUGUGUGUGUGUGUGUGUGUGUGUGUGUGUGUGUGUGUGUGUGUGUGUGUGUGUGCGAGUGUAUGUGUGUGCGUGUGUGUGAACGAGGGGAAGGAGUCGAGGUCGAAGCAGCAGGAAUGUAGUGCUGCUCUGAAAGAGCUGGGCGCGAGUGAAGGUUGUUCGGCCCAACGUGCUGUGUUCCCCUUUUAUAGGAGCGUUGUAGACCCGCAGACAUCCGUCAUAAUAACACACAGAUACGGCUACAGUCCUCCAGCCUUGCGGUGUACCGAAAAUAUUGUCUUUUUUGGGCUCCGGCGCACUGAUACUCCUUUUAAGAGCUGGGUCUAUGGGGACCGUGCAAGACUCACACCUCCAGUGGCCUUACCUUGCCUGAACCAAUGGUGUGUGCUUACUUGGAUAAAUGAUUGGCCUGUCCAUAAGGAGAUCUGCGACACGUACACAAGGCCACACAGUUUGUUAGGUCUUCAUCCACAUGCUCUGCCCCCGCUAGGAUGUCGUGGGCCAGGGGUGUCUUCUCCCCCCAAGGGGACGACCGCAAGACGGCGUGGGGGGAGCGCAACGGCAAGAAGAGGAAGGACGGCUCGUCGCUGUGCAACCCCCGCUACAUGAGCUGCCUGCGGGACCCCGGGGAGCCCGACUCGCCGCCCCGGGCCACCCCCCAACACUACCACUGCGGGCCGGGCGCCGGCAGCAGCAACUUUGGCGUGCGAUGCGUCUGGCAGGAGGACCACUACGGGAAGCGGCCCGGCGGUGCCGGCGGCGGCGGCGGCGGCGGCGGCGGCGGCGGCGGCGGUGACCUGGGCCUCAGGGCCGUGGACCUGGGCUUCGAGGACGGGGACCUGAGGGCCCGCAAGGAGGAGGAGCCGGGGGAGCCGGGGCCCGACGGCUGCAAGGCGCUGAGCGCGGCCGAGUGCUGCCGCCGCUUCCUGUGGGUCUUCGAGUCCAAGAAGUUCCGGUCGACCAAGCUGGAGCGGCUGUACCAGCGCUACUGCUUCCGGCUCAACCAGAGCUCCCUGACCAUGCUGAUGGGCGUGCUGGUGCUGGUGUGCGGCAUCAUGCUGGCCUUCCACUGCGUCCACGACACGGCCGACCCGGUCUACGCCUCGGUGCUGUCCGUGGCCAUGGUCCUCUUCCUGGCCAUGAUGGUGGUGUGCAACCGCAACGGCUUCCACCAGGACUUCAUGUGGAUCGUGAGCUACCUGGUGAUCGGCGUGCUGAUGGUGGUGCAGGUGUUUGGGGUGCUGGCGGUGGCGCCCCGGAGUGCGUCGGAGGGCAUCUGGUGGACGGUGUUCUUCGUCUAUAUCAUCUACACUCUGCUGCCCGUCAGGAUGCGGGCGGCGGUGCUGAGCGGCGUGGUGCUGUCCAUCAUACACGGCAUAACCUCCUGGCGGCGCAACCUCGAAGACAAGUUCCUCUUCCAGCAGCUUGGUGCCAACAUCCUGAUCUUCCUGUGCACAAACAUGAUUGGGAUCUGCACCCACUACCCUGCGGAGGUGUCCCAGCGACAGGCCUUCCAGGAGACCCGAGGGUACAUCCAGGCAAAGCAGCACCUGCAGAGAGAGAACCAGCAGCAGGAGCGCUUACUGCUGUCGGUGCUGCCGAGGCACGUUGCCAUGGAGAUGAAGGCAGACAUCAAUGUCAAGAAGAAAGAUAUGAUGUUCCACAAGAUCUACAUCCAGAAACACGACAACGUCAGUAUACUGUUUGCGGACAUUGAGGGCUUCACCAGCCUGGCGUCCCAGUGCACGGCCCAGGAGCUGGUCAUGACCCUGAACGAACUGUUUGCCCGCUUCGACAAGCUCGCCUCGGAGAACCACUGCCUGCGCAUUAAGAUCCUUGGGGACUGCUACUACUGUGUCUCGGGGCUGCCUGAGCCGCGGGCCGACCACGCCCACUGCUGCGUGGAGAUGGGCGUGGACAUGAUCGAGGCCAUCUCGCUGGUGAGAGAGGUGACGGGGGUCAACGUCAACAUGCGGGUGGGCAUCCACAGCGGGCGCGUCCACUGCGGGGUGCUGGGGUUACGCAAGUGGCAGUUUGACGUGUGGUCCAACGACGUGACGUUAGCCAACCAGAUGGAGGCCGGAGGGAAGGCAGGGCGUAUCCACAUCACUAACGCCACGCUGCAGUAUCUGAACGGGGACUAUGAGGUGGAGCCAGGCUUCGGAGGAGAAAGAAACGCAUACCUGAACACAAACAACAUCGAGACCUUCCUGGUGCUAGGAUGCAGCCAGAAACGAAAAGAGGAGAAAGCAAUGAUGGCCAAGAUGCAGCGGGUCCGCGCCAACUCGGGGGACGCCUUGAUGAUGCCACGCUGGGUGCCCGACCGAUCCUUCUCUCGAACCAAGGAGUCCAAGGUCUUCAGGCAGAUGGGAAUUGAUGAGGCAUCCAGUAAAGACCACCGGUGCACUCAGGAGGCGCUCAACCCAGAGGACGAGGUGGACGAGUUCCUGGGCCGCGCCAUCGACGCCCGCAGCAUCGACCAGCUGAGGAAGGACCAUGUCAAGAAGUUCCUGCUCACCUUCCAGACCGCCAUUCUGGAAAAAAAGUAUUCCAAGAAGGUGGACGACCGCUUCGGGGGGUACGUGGCGUGCUCGCUGCUCGUCUUCUGCUUCAUUUGUGCCAUUCAGCUUAUCAUCUUUCCUCACACGGCGCUCAUGCUCGCUCUGUUCGUCAGCAUCUUCGUCAUCCUCACCAACAUCCUCUUCAUCUGUGCCAUCUACUCCUGUAUCAAAGUAUUCCCCGCUGCCUUGCAGACACUGACCAAGAAGAUUGUCCAGUCCCGGGUGAACAGCACCCUGGUGGGAGUCAUCACCAUCCUGCUGCUCUUCGUCGCCGCCUUUGUCAACAUGUUCUCAUGCAACACAGAGGGCCUGUAUGAUUGUGUGGCAACGGACUGGAACACGUCCGUGACCCUCUGCCUGCUCCACAACCUGACCAGAGCAGCCGGGGACGGGUUGACCCUGUGUCCCAGCCAGACCAAGCCCUGCCAUUUCCCAGAGUACUUCAGCUACAGCGUGAUGCUGACCCUGCUGGCCUGCUCCGUGUUCCUGCACAUCAGCAGCAUCGGCAAGCUGGCUCUCAUGGUGCUCAUCCAGCUGGUCUUCAUCGUGCUGGUGGAGUGGCCCCAGGUGACCCUGUUCAACAACGCCGACCUGCUGGUCACCGCCAACACGCUAUCAUUAAAUCCCUUGAAUGACUCCCAGUACUUGAGCACUUAUUUAAAUGAAACCACAGAGAUUUGCAUGAAGAGCGUCACUAAAGUGUCCCUAAAGGUCAUGACGCCCGUCAUCCUCACGGUGUUUGUCCUCGCCCUCUACCUGCACGCGCAGCAGGUGGAGUCGACUGCACGCCUCGACUUCCUUUGGAAGCUGGAGGCCACAGAGGAGAAGGAGGAGAUGGAGGAGCUCCAGGCCUACAACCGCCGGCUGCUCCACAACAUCCUUCCCAAGGACGUGGCCGCCCACUUCCUGCAGCGCGAGCGGCGCAACGACGAGCUGUACUACCAGUCGUGCGAGUGCGUGGCCGUCAUGUUCGCCUCCAUCUGCAACUUCUCCGAGUUCUACGUGGAGCUGGAGGCCAACAACGAGGGCGUGGAGUGCCUCCGCCUGCUCAACGAGAUCAUCGCUGACUUCGAUGAGAUCAUCAGCGAGGACCGGUUCCGUCAGCUGGAGAAGAUCAAGACCAUCGGCUCCACCUACAUGGCCGCCUCGGGCCUCAACGCCUCCACCUACGACCGGGAGGGCCGCUCCCACAUCCUGGCCCUGGCCGACUACUCCAUGCGGCUCCGGGAGCAGAUGAAGUACAUCAACGAGCACUCCUUCAACAACUUCCAGAUGAAGAUAGGGCUCAACAUGGGUCCGGUUGUGGCAGGAGUUAUUGGGGCGCGGAAACCCCAGUAUGACAUCUGGGGCAACACGGUCAACGUGGCAAGUCGCAUGGACAGCACGGGACUGCCCGACUACAUCCAGGUGACGGCGGACCUGCAGCACGUGCUGGUGAACCGGGGCUACCAACUGGACUACCGCGGCGUGGUCAAGGUGAAGGGCAAGGGGGAGAUGACCACCUACUUCCUCACCAGCGGGCCCCAGAGCAGUUAGCGAGCGGCCGUACCACAACGUCACUUCCCCCUGCACUGACGAGACACCAGGGAGACCCGCAGGGUCCAGGAGGAGGAGGGUGGGGGAGGAAGACAAGGCCAUAGUGCGGAGCACUAAAGCAUGCUGGGAAGCACGCGGCGGGGAGAGAGACGACGGCCAAGAAGGACACCGGCCGGCCUUCUCUUUUUGCCCUGGCGCUGCGUCUAUGCACACACAUAGGAAGCCGGGUUUUUAUUUGAAGGUUGAUUCCCCACCCCUCCCAAGCUGCUUGAGGAAUCGUGAAGGGGCACAUGUUUUUUUGCCUGUGUUUGACGACACUUCACCUAGAGUUAUUUAUUUAAAUCGGGAGGGAUUCUUUUUUUUUUUUUUAAUGACUACCUUGUUAUAACAAGACCAUCGCUUCAUGAAGAAAAUAUGCAAAGAAUACGUGAAGGAAAAUAAAAUGACCAAAGAACAAAUGUUUGAGAGAUACACAAACACGACAUGUUUAUAAAUGCGUGUGGGAUGCAGUCGGAAAUGUCUUGCAUUUUACUCGAGUAUAGUAAUCUUCAGUUAUUUAUUGUUGAGUUUGUCCGCUCUCUACUACAGAAGCCAAGGUACCACUGCUGUCGUCGAUGGGGGAGAACUCUUUCUAACUCGCGCAGUGUAGCGUUCCCACACACAUGACAGCUUGGAUUUCCUUUGGGGUGUUUUGUUUCUUUUUUUUACCAGAAUCCGUCCUCUCUUUCAAAUGUUAAUAAGCAAGAUUAUAGAUGUGUGUUUUGCAGAGAAGUAUGACUGAUUAAUUAAUUGCUCCCACCUGACAAUGUAUUUUUGGUACAACCCCAAAUAUUUUUGGAGAUAAAGGCGAAAUGGCUCUAUAAGCACUUGUGGUACAAAAGAGAUUGUUUUACCUGUUACAAUGUGUGUGUGUGUGUGUGUGUGUGUGUGUGUGUGUGUGUGUGUGUGUGUGUGUGUGUGUGUGUGUGUGUGUGUGUGUGUGUGUGUGUGUGUGUGUGUUCGUUUGCGUGAGAAAGAGAAUAUAUAACAGAAUGCCUUUUUUGAUCUUCGAAGGCAAAACUUUUCACUGUGAGUUUUUACAAAACUGUAAGACAAAUGCUUUCUCGCCAAACUGGUCGCUACAAAGCAUAUUUGAUAUUAUACUUUGUAGUCGUGUCUCCAUUCCUAGAACUUGUUCGAGAAGAAAAUGGGGAUUUUCUGACAUGUCUAUUGGGCUGUGAUUCUAGUUUCAUUCCGUUAGAAACAAUUGAUGAGUUUUUCAUUAUUGUUUCAAUGUCCAAACAUAAGCUGGCUGUCCUGAAAGGUAAAACAUAGACUGUUUUGAACGGAUACGCUGUAUGUAGGAACUUACUGUUCACAGGUAUUGCCUUGAGAUUAAUGCUGUUCUGUGGUACAGGUAUUCUGUUCACAAAUGACGAAUCCACAAUACAGCAUUUCUUUCAGCAACAUUUUCUGGUACAUGGUACUCUUAAGUCGGUCAUUUGAAAUCAAUAACUCAAAUCUUGGAUCUCUUCUCCAUGGUAACACUACUGAGAAUUAGCAUUCACUAUGUUGCGUGUGGUAUAUAGCUAAAGAGGUUGUGUCACUGAAAUGUAAAGUGAGAGAUGUAAUGAUGUAAAUGACUUCCUGUUUGCCAGCAGGUUGAAAAGAUAGUCAAAACGAAUAACACUGAAGCCAUGUUUAAAAAGUAACCAUAGGGACCAUAAUCAAUUAAGUGUGCCAGUCUUCUUUCUUCAUCACAGAAAAAAACGUCAUAUUUGUCUGUAUUCCAGAUUAAUUAAGGUGAACAGUACUUUGUUCCUUUUACAUUAAAAGAGACCCUUCAAAUAGAAUGAUAUAUGAAUAAUUGAUUCCACAGAUUUCCCUUGAAUAAGAAAUCAAUAAAUUGCUGAUUUGC